CGUUGUAAUUUAUUUAUAAUGGGUGACAGUAGUGACUCAGAGGAGUUUUACGACGCUGAAGAAUUCACACCUGUUAGGGGCUCAAAGAGAUCAUCACUAUGCAGAAAUAUAAAUGUCACAGAAGGUACUGGCAAAGAAAAGGAAAAGACACCUACGCGGGCAGAACAAAAGGAGGAGACCGUAACAGCAGCAGGAGACUCCGGUAACUCUGCUGCAGAAGUCACUCCAGUUGAGGAUGAUAGAAAUACUGUUAAAAAUGUUGUUCAAGGCCGGCGAAGGUUCCAAGAGCUGCGGCGAUGUAUGCAGACCGAGGAGGAAGACGAGGGUGUGCUUGACGCAGCAGGGUCCAUGGAACACCAGGCCUAUGCACUAGAGCAGCCUUUUAAAAUAAUAGCACACGAUACAAUGAGUCUGCAAAGUAUGACUUCACUUGGCAGAAUAGGGAGAAUACUCAGCGGUGCUUCAGAAUCUCAUCCCAACAUCCGCGAUACGGCGCCGGCGCUCUCCCUGUCUUCAAGGGAACCUUCUACGAUCUCCGAUGACCCGUUGCCCAACGACAAUAGACAACCAAACGUUCUAGCAAUGGCAGAACCAGACGUUAUAGCGAGCACGAAAGCAAACAGCCUGAAACAGAACCGGGGGUCCUCUGCUGCCAUAGUCGCAAUGUCGGGCAGCAGCAGCGCCGAGCCGCGGCCGGCCAGUGUGGCCGGACCCGUAGCCCCGCCCAGAAAGAAGAAGCGCAACAAGUUGCAUGGGUCGCAGUCGCUGUCGAUGGCGGACGGUGAUAACCUGAGCAUCUGCACCACCGACACGGACGAGUACCACUACGUCGCGCGGCGGCCGCUCGACAAGCCGCAGCUCGAGAACCUGCACGUUGAGCCGCUGCCAUUGAAUCUCCUGAACCAAACCAUGGCGUUGCCCAGCCCAGCGAGCACGAUAGAGUCGCUUACGAGGGAAUUUCAAGAUUCGCUUGAGCUGUCGCAUUCUAAAUACGCGCUGGACCGGUCGUCGAACGGCGUGCACGAGUCGCGGUCCCUCGAGCGGUCGCGCGGCAGCGGCUCGGGCUCGUCACGCGGCAGCACCGCGCCGAGGCCGCCGCCGCCCCUGCACCAGCACCAGCAGCACCAGCCGCCGGACUCGCUGCAUAUCACCGACGUCGUCCGGGGCGAGUACGUAGUUCGACCGCAAGACGACGACAGAGCGCGCAGCGGCGGGACUAGAACUCACAGUGAAAGUCGUACGGCCCCAACGACGGGCCAUUCCAGCCUCGGUUCAUCCGCUACGAGGUACGAUCGUUAGAAAUCGUCGAGUAUAUAACCAGAUAUAGAGACGAAAUAAGGGCUAUACGUUCCAGGUAACUCAUCAGUGGUACAUCACUUAUAAAUCGACCCCUCCUAAGUAAAGUAUCGUAUGUUGAAAUUAACAACUUUACAUGGGAGCGUUUUAAAGUUUUCAAUUCACUGAAAUGAGUCUAAUUUUAAAAUAAAUUGUGGUUGUUCAUCUAACCGACGAAUCUG